AUGUCGCGCUUCGGAAUUGACCUACUUGGCCGGGAAAACACACCGCCGGGUUAUCAUUCUGCUUUGGAAUUAUGGAGGAUUCAAAAUCUUGGCCCACCGCCCGAUCAACUAGCAACUCAGACGAUUGAUUUAAGCACGAGCUUCAAAUUAGUCUACCCUGACAAAAACUUGAACAACAAGCUCACUUGGAUACCUAGGAAAUCAAAGGGGAAGUUUUUAAUUUCAAUUCCAGCCCUUUCCACGACAUUCGAGCAAUUCCGUGAAAUCGUUGCUAGAAAGUGCAAAGAGAAUUCUGAGGGUGCCGGAGUGAUCAUUCAAAACGCGCUUGAGUCCGGCUCUCCUGGAAUCAACUGGAAGGUCUGGAUGAAUCUUCCAGCAGCCCACGAGUUUAAAAAGAACACCAACUAUAAAGUUAACAAAAUCAAUUCAUUCAUUCACUGGACGGCAAACAUCAUUGCAAAUGGGAAGGACAGGACCGAUGCGAGCUUGGAAGUCAAAAUGAUCAGCCCAGCCGAUUUAGAGAAAGAAGCAAAGGUGGCUGUGAAGAUCAAACGACAUGUAACGACCCAUGCGGUGUGGUGA